AUGGCCGCCCGAGUGUCGAAAUCUGCUAAGAAAGGCAAGAGAACCAAGAAGGAUCCCAAUGCCCCUAAAAGGGCCCUCUCGUCCUAUAUGUUUUUCGCCAAAGAGAAGAGGAACGAGCUGAUUAAAGAGAACCCUGAUUUGGCCAAGGACGUUGCAACUGUUGGCAAACUCGUCGGCGCUGCUUGGAACUCUUUAGACGACAGUGAGAAGGCUCCUUACGAGAAGCUUGCCGAGGCUGACAGGGAGAGGUACGAGAGGGAGAAGCUCGAAUACCAAAAGUAG